CUCUCUCUCUCUCUCUCUUCUCUGAACUCUUUCACCUGCUCUCUCUCUCUCUGGCUGUUUGCAAACUGGUUCUGAUGAAGUCGAACUUCUCCGUGUGUCUCCCUCUCUUCUCGCCCUCUGCAGGUCCGCCGGUCAACGUCACCUGCAACAUUUUUAUCAACAGUUUUGGGUCCAUCGCCGAAACAACAAUGGACUACAGGGUGAACAUCUUCCUGAGGCAGCAGUGGAACGACCCCCGGCUGGCGUACAGCGAGUACCCCGACGACUCUCUGGACCUCGACCCCUCUAUGUUGGACUCCAUCUGGAAACCCGAUUUGUUCUUCGCCAACGAGAAGGGGGCGAACUUCCACGAGGUCACCACCGACAACAAGCUGCUGCGCAUCUCCAAGAACGGCAACGUGCUCUACAGCAUCCGAAUAACACUGAUCUUGGCCUGUCCCAUGGAUCUGAAGAACUUCCCUAUGGACGUCCAGACGUGCAUCAUGCAGCUGGAGAGCUUCGGCUACACCAUGAACGACCUCAUAUUCGAGUGGGACGAGAAGGGAGCGGUGCAGGUGCACGAAGGCCUGACGCUACCUCAGUUCUUACUCAAAGAGGAGAAGGACCUGCGCUACUGCACCAAGCACUACAACACAGGUAAGUUCACCUGCAUCGAGGCUCGUUUCCACCUGGAGCGUCAGAUGGGCUACUACCUGAUCCAGAUGUACAUCCCCUCGCUGCUCAUCGUCAUCCUGUCCUGGGUUUCCUUCUGGAUCAACAUGGACGCCGCGCCCGCCCGGGUCGGUCUGGGCAUCACCACCGUGCUGACCAUGACCACGCAGAGCUCCGGCUCCAGAGCCUCCCUGCCCAAGGUGUCGUACGUCAAAGCCAUCGACAUCUGGAUGGCCGUGUGUCUGCUCUUCGUCUUCUCGGCCCUGCUGGAGUACGCCGCCGUCAACUUCAUCGCUCGCCAACACAAAGAGCUGCUUCGCUUCAGACGGAGGCGACGACACAUGAAGGAGGAUGAGACGGGCGAGGGGCGCUUCAGCUUCCCCGGCUACGGCAUGGGCCCCGCCUGCCUGCAGGCCAAGGACGGCAUGGCCAUCAAGGGCAACAACAACAACGCCCCCCCCUCGGGCCCGCCGGAGAAGACCAUCGAGGAGAUGAAGAAGCUGUUCAUCGGCCGGGCCAAGCGCAUCGACACGGUGUCCCGUGUGGCCUUCCCGCUCGUCUUCCUCCUUUUUAACAUUUUCUACUGGAUCGUUUACAAGAUCAUCCGCAGCGAGGACGUCCACAAGCAGUAG